AUGGCGCCUUGCUCCCGCCUCCGCUCCGCGCGCAAGACGCCACGGUGAGGGGAGAGGGUUCCCCACAUACCGAAAAAAUUGAAAGAUCUGUGUGUUUUUGUGUUUGCAGAAUCGUGACUUCCCUGCCUACCUGGGUCGGAGGUGUCAUGCGUGUCCCUCUGGCCGCCAGCAUUGCGUUUCUCUGUGCGUUGAUGGGCAUGGCAGCCACUGGUAUCCCUUCAGAAAGGCAGGCCUGCCUCCAUGGCCAUCGAGAUCUUUCAGCACGCUGUCUGUUGUGUGUGUUGCGUUGGUCUGUGCAGGCGAGUCACCUGGCGAGACGUCUGGCGAGGCAGUCGCUGCUGCUGCUGGCGAUGGACAGACCAAUCAGCAUGGUGUGCACUCACACAUGCGACACGCCCGUCUCUCUUCACACAGACAUUGCACCCCUGAUUGAUGUGUCUGCAUCUCUUUGUCAGAUGGCUCCCUCCGCCGAGGCAGAGCGGCAGAGGCUGACGAAGCAACUUCAAGGGGGUCAUCAUAUCAACAGACGAGCAUGACAGACACAUCAAAGCAAUCCCUAUGUCUGCGUGCCCACAGGCAGGGCUCUCGCUCCGACAAGCAGCUUGGUCGAAACAGGUGAUGAUGAUGGCCACCACGGUGAAAUCGGCAACAAAUAUGGCAUUGACGAUCUUCGAGAGCCGGGCCCUGUCGAAACAGGUCAUCGCGACCACGUCGAGCCAGACCCACCUGAUGACGAUUACGAAGACGAUGUCCCCAGUGGUGUGUAUCUUUCGACACUGUCCUGUCCUGUCCUGCUGACGAUUUUGAUCGCCUCCUUGAUGUCAGCCUGUUCAUGCUGAGAGAUAUGGUGCGGGCAAGGCCGACACUGAGGGCCCAUGCGAAAGUCGACAGCAGGACAGAUUAUAAGAGUCGACAGCAUGGGGACGGCAGCCGUGAGAGGGUUUUCGUGUUUGCGUUGGCUGCCAUUUCCAGCACGACACCGUGUCUAUCUGCUCACCCUGACAGAAGUGGUGUAAGCGGGCCGACACGAGAGGGAUACGGAAAAGUCGACAGCAUACAGUUGCCGUGGAUUGAUGUGCCUCGAAUUAGCCUCUGAAUUCGUCUCUGCGUGUGCGUCUGCGUGUGCGUGUGCGUGUGCGUGUCUGUAACUAUGAGGCGUCCUGGUGUGGAUUGCUGGCGUGAGAGACUGCUCGGGUGUCGAGCAAAUGCGUGUAUAGCUGUUAAGGAGACCGAAUGGUGCUCACCGUUU